AAAUGAUGCGGCGGAAGUGAUUAAGGAUACGAGCGGUGAACUGAUUUAUGGAACAUUUAAAACAGGUCAACAAACUGCUGAAACAACGACAACGACGAAGAUGGUGUUUACGGUAAAAGUUGAAAGAACAACUCGGAGGUGGCUUGCUACGCCUCAGUAUGACAUUUUCAGCGCCACUUUAUUGGACCCCUUCCAGUUUACGAAGACAGGUGUUAACAGAAGUAAGAAGAAAAAUGCAAUCUACUCUUCUGUUGCUUCGUAAGAACAUGCCUAGAUGGUACUGGUGGAUGAUUCAUUACGUCUUUUCAUCGAUGUACACAGCGUUCCUGCUUAUAUUCCGCUAUCAAGAGCUGCCACGCACCGUUGGUGAAAUUCGGUAUCAACAAUGGGAUAUUUUGAAUUGCAAGCAAACGCUGACCAGUGAGUACAUGCCCCGCUUUAAAAUAGUGGACGCCGAUAACACAAUGGGACCCCUUGAUGAGUUCUUCGACUUUGAAAGAGUUGUUAAGCACAAACACGACUUUAACGAUUUCAUGGGUCUCUCUCAACUUGGUGUGCAUGUUCUUAACAGAACGACAUCGAAUUACCAAUACAACGAGCUACUUGCUAUUUCCGGUAGUGUUCAUCCAUCGAAGUUUUCACCGCUUCGGCUCGAGCCAAAGUCAUUCCUGCUCUUCGAUCCUCAGGAGAGCUUUAUUACCCAACACGAAUUUCUUCGAAAUGGAUUUUUGUGUGUCGUGGGCAGGAUGGUCGCGUACCAAAAUCAGCUUCUAAAUAAAAUCAACAUCACGAUUACACCGAUGCCGUUUGCUAACGAUACGUUUGACAGCUUUUUUAAGGAAGCGGAAAUUUGGUGCAUCCCGCUUGCAAUAACAGCGCUCUUCCUUUCAAUAUUGUUAUCACUCACUACGGCGCUAAAUAACGAUGAACGAAAUCGUGUAUAUAUUAUGCUUCAAGUGGUGGACUAUAACCGGUUAGCAAACACGAUGACGCACCUCGCCGUACACACCGUUCAGAUAUGGAUUUUUGUAACUCUUAUGUGUCUGGGAAUGUUGCUUGGGGCGAGCGUGGUACAUACAAUGUCGGACUACCCAUCUAGGUUCUAUGAGCGCAUCUUUUUCUUAUGGUGUAUGGCCGGUAUCUACGGGACCGCCUUGGCCGCUUUAUGCACCUUCUUCACGGUAGCGUUCUAUCCUAGAGGCGGUUCUUGGAUUGCAGUUGCUCUGGCGGUGAUGCCUCUCUGGGCCGCAGUCAUUGGCGAAAGAACAUUUGGAUGCUACCGCUUUUGGUACUGGUUCUUCCCCUUGUUGAACCCAUUUCUGGCGUUCCAUAUGUGUUUAGUCGACCCACAAGCAACUUUUAGAGGUUUAGGUGGUCAGACUGACUGCUACACGCGAAUGGUUUUGGAUACUCAUCUACUGGUUGGCGAAAUCGUGGAACCUGGUUUCGUCUAUUUAAUAUUCCACUUGUUGGUCAGCAUUGCCGCGGUAACCUGGGUCGAAACUUAUCAUAUGAGUAUCGAUUCCUCUUUUGAGACUACCGGACUGCCACAUCAGCGCCUGAUAUGCUGUACUACGAUUUUACCCUCGAAGUGGGGAAUUUUCUCGCGACUGUGGUCCAGCAAGACCGAUGCAUCAGAUGAAGCCUUCGGUCAGACCGGACGAUGUCGCCCCCUUGAAGGCAUUCUCCGUGCAGUCGAGUCAGACCAUCAUGAGCUGGUAGCCAGCAUCAAAGAAGUAUCUGUUAACUGGAAGGGUGAAAAUAUCAUGGACAAGUUUACAAUGAAGUUUCCAGUGGAUUUUGUGACAGCGCUCGUAUCGCAAUCUCCAAUGUUUUUCGCUGUAUUCAUCGGUGUUUUGACUGGUACUAUACGGACGUACACUGGACAAAUAUCUUCUCAUGGUGAGCACCACGGGCCUUCAGUAACUUCUACAUCUCACACAAAGGACCUACACUAUAACACAUUAAAGGGACAUAUCUCAGUGUGUACAGCCGAUCCAAUACUUUUCAACAACCUCACAGUGCUCGACAACUUCCGCAUAUUGAACAAACUGUUGACGUAUGCGGAGCUGGACCUUCAUUCUCAAGAGUUGAUGGCUCGACUAAAUGUCCUCCAUCUGAUUGGUUGUAAAGUGAGAAAAUUAACAACCGGACAAAAAAAAUUAAUCGCCAUGAUUAUCGCACUCUCAAGCGCUUCGCUCGUGACAAUUCUCGAGGAGCCCCUGCAAGGACUUCAUCAAGAGGACAUACCAUUGGUGUUGCAGUUAAUACAUAUCGGCAAAAGGCAACGCAGCGUUGUGGUUCUUACGGCUAGCCCAAAAGUAGCGGAAUUGCUGGGCCAACGGAUUGGCAUUGAGUUUCAAGGCGAGCUGGCACUGGAUGGAUCACCAUCCUUCCUUCGGAACAAGUUCCAUUUUGAUUAUAGUCUUUGUAUAUCGAAAGAGCGCUAUUGUCGCAUGGGACAAAUAUAUGAUGCCCUGGAAGAGCUAACAGGUAGCCUGUUGACGGCGUUUGAUGACUUUGUUAGCGCUAAGUUCCUAUUUCAUUUGACGCACCACGACAAACUUAACGUACUGGAGAAGAUUUCAGAGCGACUAGAUCAACAAAAAAACGAACUCAAGAUUGCGGGGUUCAGCCUUGCAGAGACAACUAUAGAGGACAUGCUCUUUCUUCUUAAUCAUCCGGAGGGCUUGCGUGGUGCUGAUAUCGAGGGAGCCGGAACGACGAAGGCCGAUGUACGAAAUUGGCUUCGUAUGCACACUGCGACGAAAGUCAAGCGAUUGCGGUAUCAGAAAUUUCUCGUUGCACUGUCUUCUGUCAUCUUACAUUCGGGAAUUAAUAUUUCGCGACUACCUCUAGCCCGAUAUAUAGUCGCCUGUCUCGUCGUGAUAACGCUGACCUACUUCCUUGUGCACAGCGGAUAUGUCCUGAUGUACCUCGACUAUAGCGACGAGAUUAAUCCUUUUAUGAAUUACUGCGUCCGAGGGGAUGCCGAUCUGUUAAAGAUGAUAGAACCAUAUUUUAAAGGCUUAAAUAGAUAUCGCUGGGAAAGAGGCGACAGCUACAAGACUUUACGGAGCAAGUAUGAAUUUUGUUUGGACGCCAAAAAAGACCCGAAAAAUCUGUCGGAUGUAAUUGAGAUUUCUGUUCAUCCAAAUAAUGAGGAUAUUCUUCACAGCGUCAUUGUUUCUCUACUGAACGUAGCCCUAGCGAGACAGAAUAGGAGUGUAUCGUAUACUCUAAAAGUCGUUAAGUCAAAACUGGACUCGUACCGGGAACGUCUUACUUUCGAAAGCGACGCCAGCCUUCUAUUUAGGAUGAUCGUAAUCGUCUUCAUUAUCACCAAUAGCUUCUACUGCGUCCGCGCUACCUACACGCCCUUUUUGUACCGUCAUCUAUUCUAUUCUGGCCUAUCAAAACUACCUUUUUUUAUCGGCACCUACACCGUACUUCUUAUCUUGAAGCUGUUAACCAAAGGUCAUUGGCUCGAGCCCCACCACGAUAGGUUUGAUUAA